AUGAGUCCUCAUGGGCAAUCCAACCACCCACCUCAAUCUCAGAGCCGCCUGAAUCAAGCCUCCUACCUACCCAACGAAGUCAAUGCAAGCUUUCUGAAAAUCACGAAGCUCUCACCUCGCUCCAGCACAACAGUCUGGCGCAAUGAGGUCCUGGGUGUCCUACGACCACUCGGACUGGACGGACUCAUCAAUCUGGAACUUCCAAGACCCCAUGAAUCCGACGAACAGUACAUCAAGUGGAGAUUCUGGACCCCCACCGUGGCCCGCUGGCUACUGAAUCAAGUCGACGAUACAAUCCAAAGCCACGUCAAAGCACAGACGACUGAGGUGGUUCGUGCAGACACCGUUUACCAGACGAUCAGAAUGGUCAAUUCGGAAAACCACCGCUUGUACAUUGAGCGGGAGCUGCAGAAGUGGCACAACUUGAAACGAAGUGACUUCGGCAAAGCGGCGGACUUCAUCAUGGCUUUCCAGAAUCAGUACAACAGACUUAAGAUUGAAGAAGAAGAGGAUCCUGCUGGUAUGGCGUUGGGUCGACUUCUGAAUGAAAUGCAGGGGGAAUUCUUGCGGAUCACUUUCAUUCGUGCGGAGGUCGAGGGCAUGGACCGUGAGAUUGACGCCCGGCUCUUCAACUACUAUUGCAGACUCUUGAUCAGCGAGACUCGUGAUUUCCGUGAUACUGACACUGGUGGCGGAUUUGAUACUGUCCAACAGCAUGGCGGCGGCGGAGGUCAGGGAGGUGGCCCCGGGGGCAGCUCGGGCUCAUUCGGUGGACAGGAGGUCUCAUACCGCAACUGGAGAAGAAUUGAUGCUAGACAGCCUCGCUGA